CCUCAAACUUCUGGUUGAGUUCUUUCAAUUCCCAUCACCACACUGCACCGACGUCUGCACCUGCACCUGCACCUACACUGCAACUUCCUCACAGGACAUUGACAUCAUCAUCCUGAUCUUCAUCCUUGGCUUCAAGUCUAUUGUGUCUGCGGUGCUUCUUUGGUGUCGCGCAUCUGCAUCUGCAUCGGCCUCUAAUCUCUCCCAUCUCCCCUCUACCUCUCCACUGCUACCGAUUCACGGUCUUACGCGCAUCAACACCCACACCCACACUCGUCCUCAUACCUCUGACCUUUGCGUCUACCCUCUUUCCUUCUUUGCAUCAUGUCCAGCGAGCGAGUCUACUGAACAUUGUCAUCUGAACUGCAGUCUCUGUCCUGCAUCUGCGCGUUUUUCACUAAUCCUUUGAUUGUUGCGCUGCGCAGCGCAGAAAGAGCCAUCUAGGCCACUGCCACUCCAUCUCCAAUCUACCUAGGUAUCUACCUGCCACCUACAUAUACCUCGCAUAGUGUUGAUCUCAUCACGAUAUGGCGGAAUACCCCUAUGGCGGCAAUUAUGGCGCCCAAGAAAAUGUCAAUUCCAACCCCAACCCCAACCCCAACCCCUCGUACCUCCCUCCCACCUGGCCAGCUCAAUACAUGCAGGCACAGCCCGGAGAUGCUGGUCGCAUAGGACAGGCACAGGGCAACAUGGCAUCAAACUUUGAUGGAUCUAUGGCAGGGUAUAAUUCAUAUCCACCACCUCCUCCGCCAGCUUUUAAUCUGGCGACGGUGGCGCCUCCGAUUUUUCAAGGUUGGAAUCAAGAUUCUAUGCCAUUGCCUCCCUACAAUCCAAAUAAUAACCAGCAGUAUAUGGGUCACGCUGAUUCGAAUGCUCAAAACGCACAUCACAACUCCCAGUACUAUGCGUCGCAUCCGACUUCUGCCUACCAACCGAACCAUCAAGUCAUGCCACCGCUUUCUCAGCCAUAUGAUGAAGGUGAGGUGAGCGAAAAUGAAUUCAGAAGCGCUUCUCAUCAGAUGAACAACCAUGGCACCAACCAGAAUCAAUUGGAUCGAAAUCGGAAUGGUUAUGGCCAUCACCCACAGAAUUCUCCUUACAAUGCAGCCCAGGGUGCACAAAGAAACGAUCGCGCUGGUAUAUGUCCUCUACCCCACCAGAUGGAAGCACUUUGCUAACUCAGCCCCUAGCUAAUGGUUAUUCUGGUCCUCAUCGAGAUUCUCCCCAGUCCAGAGUACAGUCAACAGAUGCGUAUUCUCCGUACGGCUCACCAAAGAUAGCUGGACAGCAAGCGAAUGGAAAUAAUUCCUCACGUUCCAAUACCAAUAAGCAUGCACAAGGCUGGGGCAAUGAGGGCUCCCGAGACAAGCCUGGAGGCAAAAAGAACACUGCUGCUCCCAAAGUCUCUGAGACCCAACCAAAUGCAAACGCUGCUGGCACCCCGACAAGCGCGGAUACUGCCAAACAGCAACCCUCUCUCCAUCUUCCACCGCCAUCCUCAGCUCAAGUGCCCAGUGCCACUGUGAGCAAACCACUCGCUGAUAGUCGUAAGAAGGCUGAAAGUGCAGUCUUGAAUCUCUUGCCUUAUGGAAUCCGAUAUCAGCACUACGUUGAUGAAGGUAUCAAGUCAGAUUUGGUUGGCUGCAUCUUUGAUGAUCUUCGGCAGCCACGAGGACCAAUCAAGGCUGGGGUUGCUGAGAGUACGAGUACAUCAAAUGGUGCUCCAAUGGCAAGUCAACAAGCAUCGAAUGGCGUAGCUGCCCCAAAACCAAAUCAAACAAAUGGCAAAGAUGUUAACGGCGCGGGUCUGCCAAAACUCUCUACUUCUCAGACGCCCAGUGCCCCAUCCACUGCGGCCAUGACAGAGAAAGAGCGCACCCUUCAAUCAAAGAUGGAGGCUCUUCGAAAGUCGCGAGAGGAGCGCGCGCAGAAGGCGGCCGCCAAGGCAAAAUCACCCACAGAUACAAAUUCUCCCACUCUCCCGGCCCCAAUUCAGUCGCAAUCGCAACCACAGCCAUCUGUAGUGGCACCGCCUGUCGUUGCGCCGGUCUCUAAACCUGAGCCACCGCCUGUUUCUUUGCCUGCUCGCCCAAAUUUUGCCGUCCCCUCCCAAUCGCCUCAGCAACCUGUCAAUCCUACUCCCAAGGCACCUGUCAUACCAGGCCUUUUCUUGUCUUCGUCCAUCUCAAGUCCUGCACCUACUGUCGCCAACUCGAGCAAGAUGACGACUACGGGCCAAAUCCCAAGUAAUCAUCGUAAACGUCCAGUCGCUUCUGAUUUCGAGCAACCUAUUCCUCCCAUGUCAACCUUCAAGCGACCAUUCGGCCAUAGUCGCAAUGACCAGCUUUUGGUCAUUGAUGUUAGUGAGGACGAAAUAGACUCCGAUGAGGAGGAUGUCGAGAUGGAUCUUGAGUCCCAAGCUGAUCAAGAUUCGCCUUCUCAACCUCUCCGAAAGCUUUCCGAAAAUCGAUCUGGCACAGGUAUGAGUUUACCAGGUCUAGUUGAUUCUUCACGUAAGCCUUUUAGCUCGCCACCCAACUCGGCAACGAACACCCCUCCCGUAUCUCAAAAUGGAACCAAGUUCACCAUUGGACGACCAGAGGUUCUACAACGCAAGGAAAGUGAAAUCGAACAAUUGAAGAAAAAGAUUGCGGAGGCAGAAGCCCGAAAGAAAGCUCGGCAAACACCAACUGGAGGGCAAACCCCUCGCGAAGCCAAUACCCAAAGUGGUGAUACCAAGGGGGCCAGCGGUAUUGCUAACCUCGCCAGCAAGGUUGAAGCUUCGAUGAAGAUGCAACAGUUGAUUAGAGUUGUUGACGAUAAGGUAAACUCCGACCAGCAAAGAUUGGUUGAAACACAUGUUGCAGAAGCUGCAAGUGUGGCGGAAUUCAAGAAGAAGGAAGAAGAGAGCAAACGACUUCGUCUGCAGAAAAUUGCGUCCGAUCUUCCGCUAGUUGAUGCACAAGUCCAACAAAGUCAGUCGAAACUUGAACAGCUGCGAGCCGAAAUGACAAGACUGGAAUUGGAGGUGCAAAAGAACCUUGAGGCCAAGCGUCAAAUGGCAGAUGAAAUGGAACGACUAGGCAGAGAGACCGAACACCAACUCCAAGCACAGAGAGAAAAACUGCAAGAUCUAACCGAAGAGGAGAUAGCUGUCAACACUGGUAAGUCGUCGUCUCUCCUUGACAAACUAUUUCACCCUUCCCGAUGAUUUCUAUUUCUCCUCCCCCACAUACCAUCUGAACCCUAUACUUACUUUCCAGCCCCAUCUCAACCAUCGAACACUGGUAAUUCCAGCGUAAACCUUGAAGCUACCACGAAUGAGGACCAACCACAAGAGGCGGCCCAAGAGGUGGCACAAUCUUCUGACGAGAUGAUGACAGACGCCCCAGAAGAGCCCAAUGUUUCAACUUCAUCACGCACUUCCAACGACCCCCAGGAAAGUCAAGAAAAGGUUGAAACAGAGACAACAGAUGUAGAUUCAUCUUCAGCACAGCAAGCAAGUGACCCAAAGCAACAAGUAUCCGCUGAUCAAGCUCUCGAGGCCGCCCUGCAAGAAGCAGUACGAGCCGAGGCUGAUUCUCAUGCUCAGGCUUAUAGCGACACCGAGAUGAAGAAUUCGUUCGCCCCUGAUCCAGACCAAUUGGCUCCGGAGUCAAGUCCAAACCAAGCCGAGAAGGAGACAUGUAGCCCAGAAUACACUCCUGCUCUCGAGGGUACCACUACGGAGGACUUGGAUGGUGAAUCAGAUAUAUAUGAACCCCCAGAGGCCACGCCACCAGUUGAUACACCCCCGCCGGUUGAAUCUCCCCCUUUCAGCCCUGCCCCCCCUGAGGUCAUCAGACCUGCAGAUGUAGAUGAGCCGAUGCAAGUUAGUGAUGCAAGUGAAGACCAAGAUGUACAGGAUCUAGCAUUACGCGACACGCCACUGAGGGCUGUUGUGCCGCCAAGCUUAGUAAAAAACACCCCUUCCUUCCGUUUCUCAGACCGCUAACCAUAAUAUAGAGCAAUGUUGAAGAUAAGCCUGAGCAAACCCAGAUCUUUACACCCUAUGAAAGCCCUCUCAAAUACUUUCGCGCCUUCCGAUUCCAUCCUAAUUACAAACAGGAAGUUGCAGGAGGAUUGCGAUCGCUAACGUUCAGCAACAAGAUUGACCCACUGAAGGAAUUCUGCCGCUUUGAGUUGGCUGGUGGAGUCUGCAAUGACCACACCUGUGAAUUCCAACAUUUUAGAGAAAUCGGACUCCCUGGUGCGUGGGUUUUUUGAAGCCAGCAGCGUAGGCUGGCUUAAUCCUCAGUAUUCCCUCCGUCCCCCCAGCUGACUUUUGAUUAGAUGACGCUGUUUUGACUACCUUGGGUAGCCCUGACCAAUUCAGCGCUGAGCAAAGAGAAAAGUUCUGCGUAGGCUUACGAGGAGUCUUAACCGAUCUACGAGCCAGAAAGAUCAAGGACUUUGAGGUGAUUGCAUCGGAGAUCAUUGCCCAUCGUGCCCAAUUUCUCGGCGACAGCUCCAAGGUACUCAAUCUUGAAGACACCACUAUCUAAAGAGACAACGCCCACUCGCUGCAUCGACUUGUAAAAUUACUAGAUACAUAUCUAUUUCCUUUGUUUGUAUGAAAAAAGUUCUAGGAGCUCUUUUUCUUUGCCUCUUUUCAAUACUUCGCUAUACAUUGGUUCCAGUAUCCCUUUCUUUCGAGAAAACCUUUGGAUCUUUGGACUUUUGUAGAGGCCCGAAAGCAUCGAAGUCGAGGAGUUUCAGGGCAAUGGCGCAUGGAAAAAAUAAUGAUGUGAACAGCAUGCAUGGUCACUGGUGUUUAUUUGAACUUUACGAUACCCUAUUGAUCGGAAUAAUCUUUUCUUUUCCUUUUCUUUCCAGUCUCUCCUGAGGGAGUUAGCUGAUGAAGAUGUACGUUCUGCGACGACAUGGCCGACCUUUUUCCUCGAAAAAUAGCUAUUCUGUAGAUUAGCAGAUGUCGAUAGACGAUAAUGCAAAUAAUUGUUUCUUUCUCCAUGAAAA